AUGGUUAAGGGCAAAGGCGAGAGACGACCGUUUGAGAAAGUCAGCCGCUUCCUCGUAAAAGGCUUUGUUGAAGAGGAUUUCCAACAAGGCAACGUGAUUGUUAGCUUUGAAGGAAACUUCGUCGAUUGUGAAGUUAAUGUUCUUGGCAGCCAUUUGUUUUUGGGCAUUGUUGAAGCUGUAAAAGAGUUGGCACCGUAUGCAGAGCAUAGACAAUGUGCAAGACACAUAUAUGCUAAUUUUCAUAAAAGAUUUAAUGGUGUUGAGUACAGAAACAUUUUUUGGGCAACAACUACAUCCACUUUUGAGGCAGAUUUCAUGUCACACAUGGAAAAGUUUACGAUACAAAACAUUGAUGCAUAUAAUCGCUUGAUUGAAAGGGACCCUAAUACAUGCUGUAGGGCAUUUUUCCAACCCGGUAGAGCUUGUGAAGCUAUAGAAAAUGGGAUUUGCAAGUCAUUUAAUUCAAUAAUUGUUGAUGCAAGAAGAAAACCCAUAAUCACAAUGUUAGAGGAGAUAAGGAUAUUUGUUAUGGAGAGACAUUACAAUGUUAAGCAAAGCACAAGAAUGGGAAUCAGUUGUUUGUCCGGCCAUAAGAAAAAAGUUAAAGAAAUGGGGAGAAAAUCACAGGCUAAUGUAUUCUUUUUCAUAUGUAGAUAUUGGUAUGUUAUCCCUAGUGGUGGGAAUGUAUUUGAAACACGAAACGGUUUUGAAGCAAUGGUGGUAGACUUAGAUGCUAGAAAAUGUAGUUGUAGAUUGUGGGACAUAUCAUGCAUUCCUUGUGUGCAUUCCAUUGUUGCCAUACACUUUAUCAAUAAAGAUCUAGAGGAUUAUGUUAGUAACUGGUUUACUAAGGAUCUCUUCAAAAUGACCUAUGAGAAUACUAUAAGACCAUUGAAUGGGAGCAACAUGUGGACUCCAACACCUUACAUCAAACCAAACCCACCUAAGGAAAGAAGAAUGCCUGGUAGACCAUCCAACAAAAGAAAAAAGAUCAGAAUCUGA